GUUCGGAGCGCGAGCGGGGAAGUGUCCUAUCCGAGAGGGCGGAGAUAAAGGAGUGGGCCGGGCGUUGCCUAGCAGCGGAGCGACGUAUAAAACCGGCCUCCCAGCCGUUGCUCUGCGCCUUCGACACUUUGAUGGUCUCUUGGGCGGACUCGUAGGCUUGAGAUCCACGAAGGUUCUCCCCCAAAGAUCUCUGAGGAGAAGGUACCUACUCCACCAGCAGAACCAGAGCCAGAACCGGAGCGAGAACCAGAUCCAGAAGCACCACCACCACCGCCGCCACCACCACCUCCUCCUCCUCCUCCACCGCCUACCAAACGAAUGGCUGAACUAGCAGUUGGAAUCAAUGGCUUUGGACGCAUCGGACGCUUGGUCCUCCGAGCCUGCGUGGAGAAAGGGAUCAAAGUGGUGGCUGUCAAUGACCCUUUCAUUGACCUCAACUAUAUGGUAUACAUGUUCAAGUAUGACUCUACCCAUGGGCGCUUCAAAGGAGAAGUACAUGCUGAAGGUGGCAAGCUAAUAGUGAAUGGGAAUAAGAUCGCAGUAUUUCAGUGCAUGAAACCCAAUGAGAUCCCUUGGGGUAAUGCGGGAGCACUGUAUGUAGUCGAAUCAACUGGUGUCUUCCUUACUGUUGACAAAGCUUCGUCUCAUCUCCACGGUGGGGCUAAGCGAGUAGUGGUGAGCGCCCCAUCCCCCGAUGCGCCUAUGUUUGUGAUGGGAGUCAAUCACGAGAAGUAUGAUCCCUCCAGCAUGAAUAUUGUGAGCAAUGCCUCCUGCACCACCAACUGCUUGGCACCGUUGGCCAAAGUCAUUCACGACAACUUUGGCAUUGUGGAAGGCCUCAUGACCACCGUUCAUGCCUACACUGCCACCCAGAAGACUGUGGAUGGUCCUUCUGCCAAGGCUUGGCGUGAUGGCAGGGGUGCCCACCAGAACAUCAUUCCAGCUUCCACUGGUGCUGCCAAAGCUGUGGGCAAAGUUAUCCCUGAGCUGAAUGGGAAGCUCACUGGCAUGGCAUUCCGUGUGCCAGUUUGUGAUGUCUCGGUAGUAGACCUGACCUGCCGCCUUUCCAGGCCAGCCACCUAUGCUCAGAUCAAAGAAGCUGUCAAGAAGGCAGCGAAAGGGCCAAUGGCUGGGAUCCUGGGAUACACAGAGGAUGAGGUCGUUUCGACUGAUUUCAUUGGGGACCAUCGUUCCUCUAUCUUUGAUGCUGGAGCUGGGAUCUCCCUCAAUGACAACUUUGUGAAGCUCAUCUCCUGGUAUGAUAACGAAUAUGGCUACAGCUGCCGCGUAGCAGACCUCCUGAAGCAUAUGUACUCCAAGGAGAACUGAGCGCUGCCCACACUCUCUGUUCCAGGCUGUCGGGCAGAGUGGCCUCACACCCCCUUUAGUCCAUAGGUUUGAUCUCUGGGCCAGUUCUUUGCUUCCACCACAGAACCCAGAACACUGCACCCUUUCUCGUGUGUGUCACCGUAAAAGCUUUGUGUGCGUCCAUGUGAAUGUGAGUCCUGCUUUCCAGAGCAGCUUGUACCAGCCUCAACACCGUAGUGAAGACAACUGCACCAAAUUUCCCCUGGAAGAGGAGGAGGAGGAGGAGGAGGGUUUAGCCUUUGGGAUGAAGCAUCAGUUUGUGUGGCUGUAGUCUCCUUGAGAUCUUGCAAGUGUUAAAAUAAAACCACUGAGGUUUAUGUGAA